AAAGUUAAGUAACUAGCAAUGGCCACGAGUUCUUCCCAAACACUUGCGCUUCAGAGAAAUUCCAGUGAGCAGAACCGUUUCAUGAAGAAAUUAAUGGCGAAAAUAUUUAGCUUCUUCGACGAGCAGUCUCUAAUCGAUGUGACAUUUAAAGUGUCAAACCCAACAGCUCUUGUACCCGCGCAUCGUUUGAUACUCGCAGCAGCGAGUCCUUACUUCGAGAAUCUUUUCAAUUGCAAUCAAGGCACUAAUCCAGUCAUCGAGAUAAAUGAUAUCGAUAGCGAUAUUUUUGAGCGUCUAAUAACCUUUUGUUACACCGGAGAGGCCUCCAUUACCGUUAAUAAUGUCGCUGCCAUGCUAAAUGCUGCAAUCGUUUUGCAAAUGGACGAUGCCAAAACCCAUAUUGUGGACUACCUCAUGACACGUAUCGAUGACUACACCUUGCAGGCUGCUUAUACGUUGGAGAAUGAAACGAAAUGUGAAGUUCUUAAGCAGAAACUCAUCGAAUACGAGACACAGAACUUCAUGGAGAUCAGCCAAAGCGAUGAGUUUUUGAAUUUUGAUGCAGAAAAAUUGCAACGUAUCCUGGUAUCAGACAAUUUGAACAUAACCCGUGAGGAAGAUGCUUACGAUGCCAUCCACAGCUGGUACAAUUACGAUGCCCCUGCGCGUCAAGAACAACUGCCACUUUUAAUAGCUUGUCUCCGUCUUACUCAAUUCAAAGUGGACUUUCUGAUUACACACAUACAGCCGUUACCUGGAUGUGAGCUACUGGUCUUCAAGGCGUUAUCGUGGAUCGGAGUGCCUACAGCACGGCCAAUGAUAAAUACGCGAUUUACAGAACCACGUUUGGUCAGUACUGCAAAUUGUAAUGAGAAAACAAUCCUAGCGCUUUGCGCAGAGCAAUAUAACAAAACUGAGGAUAAGUGGCAGGAAUAUGCGAGUAUAAAAAUCGAUUACGGAUUGUACAGAACUAUAUUAACCCUUUCACCCCUGAGGGCGAAAGGGUUAAAGGAUGAUAAUUUAUUAUUUAUUGGCGGUUAUAAAAAUGGUGUCACAGUUAACACCGUCCGCAGCUGGAAUAUACGAAUUAAGACAUGGCAAAAUUUGCCCGCCAUGAACCAAGCAAGAGGCUUACACUGCGUUGUCGAAUUAAAUGGCAAAAUCUAUGCGAUUGGUGGUUUUGAUGGUACUAAUGUUUUGUCGUCGGUGGAAAGAUAUACGACUUCCGAUGGUUGGAAGUACGUUAACAGAUUAAUUGUUGGACGAGAUUGCGCCAGUGCAGUGAUCUUGAAUGGUAAAAUUUAUACAAUAGGCGGUUAUAAUGGCAAUGGGGAUUUAAAAUCCGUUGAAUGCUACAAUGCGGAAUCGAAUACUUGGACUUCUUGCGCGGAUAUGACAAAUAGUCACUUUUUACCUGGUGUAGCAGCACAUAAUGGUCAGAUUUAUGUUUUAAGCCGUAGAGGUGCUGAGCGUUACGAGCCUCAGCAAGACUCAUGGUCACAGAUUUGCUCAUUGGAAGUUUUCUAUUGUUAUAUAUCUUGCGUAUCGCUAGACAAUAAACUGUGGGCUAUUGGUGGCAAGUCUAAAUCUGCUGACAAGUCAUGUGUAUCAGUUUUUGAUGAAGAAAAUUCCCGUUGGAUAGAAAGGUGCUCGUUACCCAAAAGUUAUGUGCGUAACUGUUUUGUUGUGCCUGAAUCCUUACUGUCGUCGAUGUAA